GUCGACCAUUAAAAAACUAGCACUAAUACUUCUACUAAUGGUGCUAUUAUUCCCUGGGAGAGAGAGAAAAGAGUCAAACUUAGGGAGCGAUUAUCGAACAUCAGCGCCAAAUCUGCAAUUUGGGAAUUAAACAAUAUCUAUGAACAGCACAGAAUGAAGAAAUCUACUCACUUUUACAUCUACACUUUGGUCCUACUUCUUAUUAUCAAGCACGGCAAUACAACUCAAAAAACAAAAAUAUACAAACGUAUCCCUUAUCAAAGCAGAACUGAUAGCGUCACAGAAACGAUUAGCGUCGGUUCAGUAGGCGAGUGUGCCUUUCGGUGUUUACUUAAUGAAGGGGUUUGUAAAUCAUACAAUUUGAGGACCAAUGGGGGCAGCGGUGAUAUGAUGUGUGAGUUUAUCGGAAUGAUGUUUGGAGGAAAUGUGGUUGCAAGUCCUACAAUUGACCAUUAUUAUCCUGACCAAGGUAA